CUAACAAUACUCGCCUCCACUCGUUCAAUGUUCAGAAGUACAGAAUUAUCCGUGGAUCAGCCAACACUCGCUUUAAGAAACAUUUCUAACUAAAAAAGUAAUUCAAUCUAUACUAGUAUUUUAACGCCACGUGUUUAGAUUAUGAAUGUGUCGAACAUUGACAUUUAGUUCUGCAUCAAGAAGUUGGUUGAAAAGUCACAAUCGAGGUCAUUUGCGUUCACUGGACAUUUACAGGAAGAGCUUCAGAAUGAUUGGUGACGCUAAUUCAAUGCGUUAAAUUUCAUUCUUUGUUUCUUUGUUAAUUUUCAACAUAAAACUUUGACGCAAAUGUGAAAUAUUUAUUUGUUUCUCAUUUUUCACAGUGUUGAUUGAAAUUCAAACAUUGUUAAUUAUAUUGAUAAGUUCUUUAAUACAAAAUGUGCUUAAGAAUUAUGAAAAGUUUUAUAAUUUGGCUUUUCAUUCAUGUUUAUUUUAGUAGUGGCAGGACUAUAGAAAGCUGUCAUAAUGAAAGUGAAAUUGAUAAAAUUGAAAUGGGCAUUGUUAUUUCUCCUCUUAUGUCGACUGAAAUGAUUCGAGAAAUUGGUAUUUAUUGGAAAAAUAUUAAUAUUCAAACUGGCGAUGUUAUUAAACUUUUCAAAGGAGAUCCAAGUACUAAAAAUAAACAAGAAAUAUUUCAAUUCAUGCCUGUAAAGGCACGUGGCUUUCAAAAAACUGGAAUUAGUGCUGACUUCGUUCCAACAUCUAAUUUGACCUAUCACGAGCAAUGUUUACAAUACUACGUGUCGUGGAUAACUAAUGAUGCUAUUAAGAAGACAACUUGUUUGUCGACGCAUCCAAAUUGGAUGGGUCAGAGAAAGACAAAUCUUGGUCAGUUGAAGAUGAAAGACAUUUUUAUCCCUGGUACACAUGAUUCUGCAGCUUAUUCCAAACUUUUAAACUUCAAAAGCGAAAUGCUCGUAGAUAAAUAUACAAUUACACAAGAUGAAGAUAUCUUGGCCCAACUGAUUUAUGGAACACGUUACUUGGAUAUUCGUGUAGGUCGUUACCCUAACAAUAAAAUGAUUUUCUGGGGUAAUCACGGUCUGAUCCGGAUAGUUCCACUUCAAAAUGUAAUUGAUGAUGUGAAAUUAUUUCUUGGCAAUACAGAUGAAAUUGUAAUCUUUGAUGUACAAGAAUUUCCUGUCGGAUUCAAAUCUAUAGCUGCACAUAAUGAGUUAUUAAAUUACCUUGAACGUGAAUUUCAUGGAUACUAUUUAGAGAGACCAAUCAAUGUAUGGAGAACAACUUUAGAGGAUAUUUGGUCAACGGGUAAAAGACUGAUUAUCAGCUACGAUUAUGCAAGUAUCGUUUCUUCUAGUUUAAGUGUUUGGCCGCAAGUUGAACAACAAUGGGGAAAUGUUAGAACUUUAGAUGAUCUUUAUACUCACUUAAAUGGAAUAGAAACUAAAGCUGGAGAAGAAAAUUCUUACACAAGCCGAUUAGGAAAACCUAGAGCAGCAAUGGCUCAAUUAACUCCAACAACGUUUGAUGUUAUUUUUAACCGAUUAGGAGGACUCAGAUUAAUGGCAGAAAAUGUUGACAUGCACAUAACUGAAUGGUACAGUGAAGUAUGGCAACAUACUGCCAAUGUCGUGGCAGUUGAUUUUAUCAAGGCUACCGGAAUUAUCGAAACUGCAAUCAAGUGGAAUGAUAAACGUAUUUCUGGUUGCUAUACCAAUUUAGAUUAUUCAUAGAUAUUUGUUAAAAAUUAGAGUGUUAAAUUUGUAAAUUCAACCAUGUAAAAAAAUUAAUUAUUCUAUAUUGAAUGGAAAAAAAUAUUUCUCAUAGAGAUAAAAAUAUUUUUAUAAAUAGA